AUGGACGGAAGGGCCAGGCUCCCCCUGGCCAAGAGCUGCUCCCCCAAGACAGGCUCCUCACCAAGCUCUGCUCCAGCGUCGCCGAGAAGCGAGGGCCGUCAACAUGGCCAGAGGACCAUGCACAACAAGGCCGCCAUGGAGAGUAACAUGGCCGUAUCCCGCCGCGUGGAAGAUCUCAGGCCGAGCAACAUCAAGGCUACAGGCAGAACGGCCAGCGAUGAGCACUGCACUUGCCCUCAGCCUACCAAAGUUCCUCGGCCAUGCAACUCCUUCAUUCUGUAUCGCCAGAGCAUGUCAGCCCAGGUCACCCAGGAGAACCCUGGGCUGUCAAAUCCAGAGAUAUCCAAGAUUAUUGGUCAAAGAUGGAAAGAGGAGUCGGAGGAGGUCCAGAAUCAUUUCAGAGCGGAGGCGGUCGAAGCAAGUCGCAAACAUCGAGAAGCACAUCCCGACUACCGAUACCAGCCGAAACGGAAAGGCAGCACCGUGGUCACGAAGCAUUCGUACACAGAAGAGGAAUGUCCAAAGUGCGGAGGUGUCCGAUUCGUGAGCACUCCCGUAUCGGCGACGUCGGCGUUCAAACGCAGCAUGGACGACCAUCUGGGUUCCGCAGACGAGGACAGGCAGUACAGGGCGUCGAGGGAUGGGCCCCAUUGGCGAGAGCAGUACUCGGCAGAUGCAUUUGACUCCAAAAGGCGGAGGCUCGCCGAAACAGCAGACUCGCGAGGCAUUGCGGCAAUCAGCACGCAACACCCAGGCUACUCCACUGGCGCUGGUGCUGGGGGCAGAUAUGUUCAUGUCGACACGCCCGUACCUCACCAGCAAAGCAUGAUGCCACCACAGCAUCGCCAGAUGGCGCCGCCGCCUCGACCAUACGGCGGUUACCCGUCGCAAUAUGCCUUAUCUGAAGCAGCAAACCAGGCAGCACAUGUCUCACCUCAGCAUCCUGGGCCUGUCGCAAACCAAUCUGGGCAUGCCGUUGAUCCUCGUGACCCGGCAAUGACGCUGCCGCCCCUGCGGACAGCCCUGACACCCGCCACUUCAUCCGCAUACGACCAGCUAAAGUUCAGUAAUACACAACAGACUCCUAGCACUGCUGCGAGGGCGCAGCCUUACAUGGGGUUACCAAAUGGCCUGAAAUUGACCGACAAGACACGGAGGGAGCACAUAGUAGGCCUUCCCCUGCACAAGAAGCUGGUAGCCACGACCAGGAUAUCGCUGCCCCUACCGCGACCGGAAGAAGGCCGAGGCGCUAUCAUCGCUGUCGAGGGCAUGGCUGGCGCAGCCUUGCACGAUGUGUCCCACGCUGUCGAGAAGGCGUUGAUUGUGUGUCAAGAGACUGUAGUGACAAGCUGGUCCAAUGACUCCGAGUUUGCUGAACAGUGUGCCAAGGGAGAGAGCAUUCCCAUGUCGAAUGCACUGGCCACAAUAUUCAGGGACAUUCUCACGUGGCAUCGCAAGUCCGACGAGAUGAUUCGGUUCGUGCAGGGUGAGAGCAUUGGAGACUCGCCUGCGCGAGCUACGCACGGAAGGCGAGGCAGCUCGCCGCGCACGGAGCAAAGCAAGACGAAGACGCCAGUGGCGCUCGUCAAGGGCGGAUACAGCGUGACAAUGUCAGAGCUCUUUGCGUGUGCGACGAGCCACGACAAGGACGCCUACAGUCCCGUCGAUCAUUGGCAGUGGAUGGCAACGCUCUGGCGCGGCAUCGUGGGGCCCGAUCUCAUUGUGUAUGUUCGGAUGUGUCCCAAGGACGAGCUGGUGAAGCUGAAAACGGUCGAGUUCCAGAAAGGUCAGGGCGUCAUGACGGUGUGCCUUCCAUUGGAUGGGCAGUUGGACGAUGCGACAGAGCGACGGCUCAACUUUGAGAUCAUUGAGUGGGUGACUGACGUGUGGCCUCGGACGUCGCCCAGCGAGAAGAGCAUGGAGUAG